AUGUCCUGCUCGGACCUGUGUCCUCCCACCUCCUGUGGGCCAACCCCACUGGCAAAUAGUUGCAAUGAGCCCUGUGUCAGGCAGUGCCAGGACUCGACAUAUGUGAUCCAGCCCUCUCCUGUGGUGGUGACCCUGCCCGGACCCAUCCUCAGCUCCUUCCCACAGAACACUGCUGUGGGAUCCUCCAUCUCUGCUGCUGUUGGCAGCACUCUCAAUGCUGGAGGGGUGCCCAUCUCCUCUGGCAGCUCCUCAGGAUUAGGGAGCUUUGGCUAUCCAGGCCUGGGCAGUGGGUACAGUCGGCCUUACCAUCGCUACAACACCUACCGCAGUGGCUUUAGUGAGCCAUGUUAA